AUGAUCGCAGUGUUGUCUACUAUAGCAAGAACACUGCACUGUGGUCUCAAAUGCACACCACACUUGAAGAUGAAUGGGAUGAGCUUGAGAAUUAAGCUGGGACCCCUCUUCAGGUUCACGAAGCUCGAGUUUAAUUGGGCAUCGAAGGUGGCACAGACUAUGCUCACUAUGCAAGUAGCAUGCAAGAAGAAGUAUGAGAUAUGGAGUGCCGUGGGUGUACAGCCAGUGCGAUUUUCUCUGAACGAGUUUGAACACAUCACCGGGCUUAACUGCGAGUAUAAAGAAGCGCUCCCGAAGCCAGAGACUGUUAACACAGACGAGAUGAAAGACUUCUGGCGGAAGCUUGGUGUGAAUGAGAAGCUUGGUCCGAGCGUUGACGAACUCUUAGCAGCGUGCCAGUGGGCCGGAGAGUGGAGAAGAGAGGAUAGGCUAAGACUUGGUUUUUUGGCCGGGCGAGUAGCUUUCAAGACCCUCAUCAAGUCCAUAAAGAAAGCAGACGUGUCCAAGCCAUUCAGCCUCGAAGGCUUUGCUGAAGUCGUGCAAGUGUGGGCGUACUAUGCUAUGUCGAGGUUCGGAGAAGAAAACGGUGAUCCGAGGCCAAAUAAUCCUGAGCCACCGCUGCUAGCAUUCAAUGGAAUCAGAGGGAAGAAUAUGUUAUCGGAACCAUGA